AUGGAUAUCACUUCGGGGCCUCUCCCCAAGAAUGACAUUACGCCGGACACCAAAGCCGUUGAAGACGGCCCACGUCGCGCAGAUGGCGUCACUCAGCUGUACGAAGGAAAUAUCUUCGAGGCGACGCCCGAGGACCGUCGCCAGAUCGGCGUCAUUAGCGCAUCGUUCCUCAUCUUCAACCGCGUCAUCGGAACCGGUAUCUUCGCCACGCCGAGCACGAUCCUGUCGUUGUCCGGGAGUGUUGGCCUGUCGCUGUUCAUGUGGGUUGCUGGUACUUUGAUCGCCGUUGCCGGUACUGCGGUCUACCUGGAAUGGGGCACUGCUAUUCCGAAGAACGGUGGUGAGAAGAACUACCUCGAAUACGUUUACAAGAAACCCAAGUUCCUGGCCACGGCCAUGUUCGCCGCCUAUGCCGUCCUGCUCGGAUGGGCCGCGAGCAACAGUGUCGUCUUUGGCCAGUAUAUCCUCAACGCCGCCGAGGUGGAGGUCGACCGAUGGAACCAGCGUGGAAUUGGCCUUGCCUGUAUCACCGCUGCCUUCUUGAUCCACGGAUUUGCCCUGAAAUGGGGUCUUCGUCUUCAGAACCUGCUUGGUGUCAUCAAGCUCGUCAUCAUCGUCUUCGUCAUCGUCACCGGAUGGGUUGCGUUGGCUGGUCAUACAAAGAUUGAGACGCCUCACAACUUCAGCAAUGCGUUUGAGGGGACCACUGGAAGCGGCUACGGUAUCGUCAUGGCGUUGUACAAUGUCAUCUGGUCGUUCAUCGGUUACUCCAACGCCAACUACGCCUUGAGCGAAACCAAGAACCCCGAGCGCACUUUAAAGAUUGCCGCCCCCAUCGCCAUCGGCUCCGUCGGCAUCCUCUACAUGCUCUGCAACAUCGCGUACUUCGCCGCCGUCCCAAAAGAGCAGUUCCUCGCGUCCGGCAACAUCGUCGCAGCGACCUUCUUCGGCAACAUGUUCGGCUCGCGCGCUGAGCGCGUCAUGUCCGUCUUCGUCGCCCUCUCGGCCUUCGGAAACGUCCUCUCCGUCAUCUUCUCCCAGGGCCGAAUCGUCCAGGAACUCGGCCGCGAGGGCGUCCUCCCCUUCUCUAAGUUCUGGGCCUCCAACAAACCCUUCAAGUCCCCCGCCGCCGGCCUCUUCGAGCACUGGGUUGUCUCCGUCAUCAUCAUGCUUGCGCCUCCUCCCGGCGAUGCAUACAACUUCCUCGUCAACCUAAUCUCCUACCCCCUCGCAAUCGUCAACGUCUUUGUCUCCGCAGGCCUAAUCUACAUCUACCUCACGAAAGAGAAAAACUUCCCCAACUGGCGCCCCGGAAUCCGCGCCACCCUCCCCGUCACAAUCUUCUUCUGCCUUUCAAACGUCUACCUCGUCGUCGCACCGUAUAUCCCCCCCUCAGCGGGCCAGAGCGUCUACGAGGAACUGCCGUAUUAUCUGCACUGCGUUGUCGCCCUGGGCAUCUUCGCUCUCGGCGCCAUCUACUACCUUGUUUGGGCGGUGGCCAUGCCAAGAUUCGGCGGAUAUGUCCUUGUUAAGGAGACGGUUGUUGAUGCGGAUGGGUGGAGCCGGAGCGUGUUUACGAAGAUGCCCAUUAAUCGGGUGAAGGAUGAGGGUGAGGUGCAUUUUUAG